GGCUUAAGCCAUUUUGGCUCAAGGCUUUAGGCUCAAGGCUUAAGAGCCAAAGCUAGCAGCGCAUCCGCUAGGAGCCAAGGGGCAGGUAGCGGCCAUGGGAGUUGUUUCUCAUGAUGUGCAAUUCGGUUCUCAGCAUGUGUUUCGGAAGUCCCGGCAUGUCAUGGCUGCCGAAAGGUCCAAAAUGAUGAUCAUGAGGUUGCAAUUGGACAAAUUGGAAUUGUCAUCCAGGAUCGUUGCGCUCGAGGCCGACUUGUGGUGGUGGCAAGACUGGUGGGAUCAUCAGGGUGUGCGAGCCACUGUGGACGGAUCAGCACUUAUCACGACGGAAGUUUCGGAGAAGGAAGCCAUUCCGGCGGAGGCCACCGCGGAGCGGCAGACCACCGAGGAUACGGUCAUGCAGGAGGUUCCCGUGGAGCAGGCCGACAACAGACACAAUGUUCACGAAGUGCAUGUUGUGGAAGAGUUCAGCCAAUCGCUGAAGUGCAACGCGGCUGAGCCUGACAGUACUUCUGCUUGGAUCUAUGCGGAGCCGAAGCUGCCAAUGUUUGCGUUUUUCCUUUUCGCCCAAGGCCGGCGCGGUGAGAUUUCGCGCCUGGGCGUUCAGGCAGCGGACGCUGUCAACUCGGAGUGGGACUCCCUACCCGCCAUGGUGAAACACGAGUGGUGCGCCCAAGAAUCUAAGCUCCAAGAGGCUUAUGCUGCGCAGCUUCAAGAGUACAGGGGAUUUGGCAGAUACCGUGCAUCUGCGUCGGAGCAGGAUCUCGACGCCCCGAACUCUGCAGAUAUACAAGGCGAGGGCGCAGGUGUUGCGAACGACCGCCGCGAAGAGAAGCUGGAAUUCAGUAGCGAGCAAGUAAAAGUGAUGGUUGACACCACGAUUUACAAUAUCAUGCAGCACCCUGCUUGCGCAGAUGUUCCCGAUGGCUUCUUCGAAGAUAUCGCCCAGGACCUGAAGAGAACGAUCAGUAGCCGUAUCAGACACAGAUACAGCGAAUCAGAAGCAAAACGUUUGAUGGAUCUUGUAGUUUCGAAAUGUGCCGAUGCAAUGAAGUGAGGCCUCCGGUUUCGCACUGCUUAUAGUGACUCAGCCAGUUGCCCCCCCUGUAUCCUUCCCCUCGUCUUCCUCCUUUUUCUUCCUCCUCUUGGACGCGCCGGCGAUAGGCGUAGCGUCCAAUUUUCAGCCCAGGCUGCAGGUCUGGAGUCGUCAGUCACAGAGCCACAGCUGCCGCCAUCAGCUGCCCAAUCAAUCAAUCAGUUCUUGAUUGAGCAACGGAGUUCGGCCGUAGCCUGACUGCCCGUGCGCUGCUCUGGCUCGCUUUGGACUGCCGCCGCCAGUGGUCGUAAUGAUGAGAAGCAUUUACUCCCACCGAUGCUUCAGUAGUAUUGACCACUGGAAAAUCCUCAGAGCGACGCCAGGCAGCCGGCAUCGCCCAAGGAUGUCAUUUUUAUCGGCUUCUUUUCAAUUGACAUUGUGCAAUAUGUUUUGCUGCGACGCUUCUUCUGAGCUUGAUCUUCGGCGGGGGCCCAGAUGCGCGGCCACCCGGGACACUGUGCGCAGAUGGCACCGCUUUUAUUUAAUCUUUCUGCGAGCUCACACAAUUUACAGUGCAUGCUGGAAGCCAUUCUAACGGAAGGGCGAAAGUACGGCCUCGAGCUUACUUGAGACAUGACAGUGCAAACUCAAAUAUCAACAAUUUAGUUCGACAGGGAUCUCGACGGGUCGGCGGUCAAGAUCGUGACCGAAUCUGUUUACCUAGGGGGAUUGAUCAGUCAUGACGGGCGUAUGGGAAGCGAAUUUUCACGACGAGUUGGAGAAGCCACUUCUAGAAACGAAAACUUCACACUUAUUACAGUUGCGUGCUAAGCAAGGUACUGUAUUCGCUGGACUCGUUGUGGCUCCUGCAGAAGGACAAUGCCAGUUUGGACGCCUUCCACUGCAAGAACUUGCGGGGAGUCCUGGAGAUCGCGCCUUUCUCUUUGCCCCGGAUUUCGAAUGCCGACGUUGCCAGAUCGAGCAUGUUCCAAGCCUUUUGUCUGCAAUUCCGAAUGACCGACAAGUUGCCUUUCAUAAGAGAAUCACUUCGCACAGCGACGGCUCACUAGUCAAACGAUGAGUGUGCGAUU